UAAAAAUGGAAUCCAAAAGAGCAAAAGAAGAGAAUAAGGCAGAUAGUAUCAUUGCUGAGGUAGAUCAUAGCCAGAGUAAUUUCUCAGAAGGCUGGAACCAGAUUACGACAUCAAAUGAAAAUGAGACUGUGAAUGACCUCUUAAAGGAGAGAGAGGAUAUGGCCAAACCAGGGAGUAAGCUAGAGAUUAAGAGAGAAAGAGGCAAGCAGAGAUCUAAGAAAUCAAGGGAUAGGAAAUAAAGCAUAUAUAGAGAAUUUAGAGCAAAGAAUCAAAGAACUUGAAGCUGAAAAUUUCAGGCUUCAAAAUUUGAUCAUUUCGUAUAGGAACGAUAAGUUAGAUGUCGUUGAUAAGAAAUUAAUACCUUUCACAGAUGUCAACAUUAGUGCGAAAUUGGAUGUACUUAAGAAAUUUAUCGACUCUCCUACUCUUGAAAUUAAAGAGAGUACGAUGUCUUUCUUCCAUAUGUACUCAAAGAAUAUUAAAGUUAAUAUUCAAAAGCAUAAAGAGUUUCUAGAUAAAGCUUUUGAGGCGAUUGUUAACCAUCCUUUCCCGAAUUGGAAGAUGAAGUACUGGGAAGAUCUUGAUAAUGGUCCUCUAAAAGACUUAGAGAUUCUUCAAAAAUACUCAAAGUUAUCAAAAUACCAGAUUCCAGAAUUUGAAAAAACUCACAAAUUUAACAAGCUUGAUAUUUUUGUAGCCUCACUAAAGUUGAACAAAAGGCAGUAUGAGUUUGUGAAACAGUAUAUGGAUAAAGAAAUUCAACUCAAGAGGAGAUACUUAAAAGGAAUGAAGCAUUUACUUAGAGCAAAGGAAAUAUUUGAGAGUACUAUUCCAGAACAAGUCCUUUCAAUAACUCUCCUACUACGGUCUCAGAUAUUGACAAGCAAGCAGAUAUUUGAGUCAAAAUUUAAAGAAGACCUUCAUUCUCGUGACAAUGCUUUUAAUGAUAUAUUUUUAAAUGGUAUCUGGAAGAUAAGCAUUCAGAAGAAGAAAUACUCUGCCGAUCUGAACAAUUGAGAAAUUUUAGGAAAACUAUCAAAGAAGUACCUUAAAGAAUCAGAGUCCUCUUUGGAGCUUGAGUAUAACCACUUCUGACUGCCAUAAGAUUGUGCUAGCCCUAAUUUUAGCUUGUUAGAGGCUUAGCUCCAGUAGGU